AUGGCACACACUACCAGCAACAAAUAUCAAGAGCAAUCCUUGCUGCUGAAACAUGCUUUUGAGCUAUCAGAUGCGGCUUCCAACUGGCUUGUUCUGGAUCUGCUGGUCCCCGAAGUCGCAACUGCUGAUGUCCCGGACGAAGUUUCCAAGGCAGUGGUUAAAUGUGAGGUGCCAGAAACAAGUUUGCCGCCUUCAGCGCAGGAUGAGAGUGGAUCAUGGGCAAAUGAGUGGUGGGAAAGCUUGCACUGCCGAAUGGCAGUCGUAGGAGAAGACUUUCCAGUUGGCCUCGUUUGCGUGGAUGAGCUUCACUUCGUUGGAGAUCCCCAGAGAGGGCAUCUGCUCGAGAUGGUUUUAGCGAAACUACUGUUUCUUAACGAAAGUCUUAAGAGGCGUAUUCAACUGAUCGGAAUGUCCGCUACCUUACCGAACGCUCGCCAGAUUGCGGAUUGGCUCAACGCUGAAUUAUUUGUAACUGACGAGCGGCCGUCCCCUCUGGACAUCUUCGUGAAAGUUGGUCCAGAGGUGUUUUCGUGGGACAAGGCAUCGGGACUACAGCUAGCACGCAAGUUGCAUGGUGGAUCUCUCUCUUUGCUUCCUGUUGGGGAUGCCGCAACUUGCGCUGCAGCACGUGCCGUGCGAGCAGCCGCUGCUGCCUGCGCCGCUGCAACAGCAGGACUUUUGCCUUCCACCUUGGAGCACACACCCGACUCAAGUGGUGGGCAUGCUUCCAUAGCUGCUUCUGCUCUGCGUUUCCUGAGAGAACAGCCCGACGCCGACUCGUCAGUGCUGUCCUCACCAGGACGUGAAGAAGACCCUUCGCGGCACUCAAAAGCAGCCGCAACUACCGUGGGACUUCGCGCUGGAUGGCAGGCGGAUGCCGAGCAUCUCGGGGCACUGACAUGGGAAAUUUUGCGAGAAGGCCGCAAAGUCAUCAUUUUUUGCCCCACGCAGGAGUGGACAGCCCGCACUGCCAGUUUCCUUGCGAAAGCGCUGCCAUUCUACAGACGAGCAGAGGCUUGGGCUGAUCUGCUAAGGCAGCGUACUGCUGCUCUUCUCGAAAGGCGAAGGCUCAGACACCCAGCGGCUGUGCAGCCGCUUCUCCAGAAUCAACAAAGUGCUUCAGAUGCCGUCCAAGAGCAGAAGAGGCGCUUGCAGCAAGAGCAGAAGCAAGCUUAUCUGGAAGCACUGGAAGAGCUUCUCGCCAUGCCGGUCACUUUGCUCGCGCAGUUGCUGGUCCAAAGUCCCCAUUUGUACGUUGAGCCGCAGAACCUUAAAGGACGAGAAGAGCUGCAGUGGCAUCUGAAGCAGAUCUCACUUCUGCCUCCAACUACUAUGCUUGCCGCAGUCUGUGAAGGUGUUGCUUACCACCAUGCCGGUCUAAGCGGGGAGGAAAGGGAGUUACUUGAGAUGGGGUACCGCAAAGGCUACUUGAAUGUGCUAUGCGCCACGUCAACGCUUGCUCUUGGCGUCAACUUACCAGCUGCUCGCGUCAUAAUUCGGGCACCCCAUUUUGGACGAGAUGAGCUUCUCUCCGCGGGUCGUUUUCACCAGAUGGCUGGUCGCGCCGGUCGCAAGGGGCUUGAACACAAAGGAGACGCGUACCUGAUUUGCUCACCCACGACGUUACCACACGUUCGGAAACUGCUCGAUGCCGUAGCCUCGGCAGAUAUGUCCGACUCUGCAAGCUGUAGCCCGAAGUGCUGCGUGAAUGCGGUGACAUCCAAUCUGAGGGGACAACACCUCUGCCGCUUUUUCCUCGAGGCCGUACAUGUGCUUCUGCCGCUAGUCCGUCGUUGGAGGGAGACUCCGAAGAGCUUGGCGAGCUGUGCAUUUGUUGACGUUGCAGCUAUUCUGCUGCGCUGCACUCUUCGAGGUCACCAGGAGCCGCAUACGUUGCUCGUUAGGGAAGCUGCCGAAGCCGCUCGUUACCUGCAUACGUACUAUCUCAUUGAAGCUGAGCCUAGUGGGCGUCUUCCCAUCUGCCGCACUGACGAAUCCACCGGCAUCAAGGGCUGCAUUGGCUCAUGUGGGAUUUCCGAGGCAAACCCACAACUCUUGGCUACCACACUAGGAAGACCAGAUUGGGAGGUCGCGUCAGAAAAGUCAGUUAGCGUUGUAGCAGCUGCUGAUGAAAAACACAGGCACCCGCUGCGCUCUCUCGCCUUUCCUUCGGCAUGCUUAUCGGCGGCUUGCAGGCUGCUCUUGCAGCAGUAUCCCUGUUUGCGGUCCCCUGUAGUUCUUGCCAGGAUGCUGCAAGGGUGUGAAAUCAAAGAGAAGGCCAGAGAAGGGCUUGUUUCUGACUCCUCGGGCAGUGCUCAGCAACUUGUCAUUAAUGCAGCAGCGACCCCUUCAGCAUUGGCGACGCACCUGGAUGGGAAACAUAACCUCGAAGAUAACUCAAUAGUGACUGACCUGGGUGAAACGGCGGUGACUUGGAGUGAUAUUGGGGGCCAGAUCGCAACAACAGAAGUGGGAGGAGCAGCGGUUGAGGCAGGAUUUGCACCAUGGGAAGCAGCUGAACUGUUUGCCGACAUAUUCAAGGCGAGCGUUCUAGGUCUUUGCGCGUGUACGGAGCUUCACCUCAUCUUUAUCGCUGCUGUAGCUGUUGGAGGCGAAACACAGCCACACUGGCAGUCGUACCUCUCUGUAUACGACAGACUUGACUCGAGCUGCAGGCGAGUUGCUGACGCCCUGGGCAUUCGUAGGCGAUUCAUUUCCAGGGAGGCCGUCAAAAUGCAAGGAGUACCUCGCCGGUGCACAAAUGAUACCGCUGACCUCCUGCUUUCUGGAAGGUUGGCGGUCCUGCCCUUUCCCAUAACUCCACUGUGGCUAAGUUUCAGUCAACUUCGAGAGCGCGUAGACUUAGAAGUUCAUCGUCGUUUUUAUUAUGCGCUGCUGUUGCAUGAGAUAUACCGAGAAGGGGAAGCGUACGAGUCCGCCAUGCGCAGGCAAGUGGCAGCCAAGGCAAACUGUACGCAGCCGCAGCGCUUAGCACUACCCAGGGCAGCGCUUUCGGAAAUAUGUUUUGUGCUGGCGGGGAAACUUAAGCUUGCCUGUUCGCCCACGGGAGCGCUGGCUUCGGCCCUAGUGGACCCAUCGAGAAAAGAUAAUUGUCCCGGUGGAAGUGGAGAAGAGCACGGGGAUUCAGCUGCCUUACAGCACCUGUUGCAACUCGAAGGCAUGACGCCAAGACGGGCGGCCGCCCUUCGCGCUGCUCAAAUCUACAGCUGUGCCCAGAUUGUAAACUCGUCUCUGUAUGAUAUCUUUAAGGCUCUAGAAGCAGCAGAGCCAGCAGUUUUAGCCCCGGCUCAGCCUGAGGCUCAAGAUGCUUGGAAGUCGAAGUUGCGCCGGCAGCGCGCUCGCCUAUUGGCGGUCAGCGUGAAGCUGAAGGACGCAGCGCAGAAGGAGCAAGCAGUGAGAUUACAGGCGCUAGAAGAUGAAGCAGCGGAGCACUGGUCGUUGGUGGGAAAGGUUGCUGGUAUGUCUGGAGAUGAACAGGACUUAGGCCCCCAGGAGCGUCUACAGUUUUGA